AAAGUCAUGUCUAAUCCAGCUUAUUCUAAUCUCUUCAACAAUGGAUUUGACAAUACAAACUUCAACUGUUCCACUUCUCCUUCUUACAUUUACAACUCUCACAACAGCUUUUAUUAUCCUAAUACCACAAACCCUAAUUACAUGGCUCCUACUACUUCCACUUUCCCUAACUCACCCCCGCUCAAAGAAGCUCUUCCUCUUCUUAGCUUAAGCCCUAUAAGGCACCAAGAACAACAAGAUCAACAUUAUUUCAUGGACACAGAUCAGAUCAGCUCUUCAAAGUUUCUUGAUUAUCCUCAUGAUGUAACCGUGGAUCUUCAUCUAGGGUUACCAAACUAUGGUGUUGGUGGGAGCUAUAUUGCUCCUGUUGCAACAACCGAUGAGCAAGAUGAUGACCAAGGAGUAGAGGUCACAGUUGACUCCCACCUUCAUGAUGAUGAUGAUGGAGAUCUACACAGAGAUCAUUACUACUGGAUCCCUACACCUGAUCAGAUUUUGAUGGGACCUACACAGUUCUCUUGUCCUCUCUGCUUCAAGACAUUCAACAGAUACAACAACAUGCAGAUGCACAUGUGGGGACACGGCUCACAGUACAGAAAGGGACCAGAGUCCUUAAGAGGAACCCAACCAACAGGAAUGCUAAGACUACCAUGUUACUGCUGUGCACCAGGCUGCAAGAACAAUAUUGACCACCCACGAACCAAGCCUCUUAAGGACUUUCGAACCCUCCAAACACAUUACAAACGUAAACACGGGUCUAGACCUUUUGCUUGUCGCAGGUGUGGCAAAGCCUUUGCAGUGAAAGGAGAUUGGAGAACGCAUGAGAAGAAUUGUGGUAAGCUUUGGUAUUGCUCUUGUGGCUCGGAUUUUAAGCACAAGAGGUCUCUUAAGGACCACGUCAAGGCUUUUGGAAAUGGUCAUAUUUCUUGUGGGAUUGAUAACUUUGGGGGAGAUCAUGAGGACUACUAUGAGUCUGCUUCUGAUAUCGCGCAACAAGAUGAUUGCAACACAAAUGAGUGUUAA